AUGAAAAGGAAAGUUCUAAAAGAGGCCUUAAGCCCAAUCUGUAAGAGAAUUGAUGAGUCUGUCUGCCAUGCUUUGUGGAGUUGUUGUGGUGCAAGUGAUGUGUGGGCUUGUGAGAGGAGUCCAGUGCAAGAGUGGUCCAGCUGUGAAAGAGAUAUGUUUGACUUCUGGACAGAAUGGAGUUCAAAGCUAGCUCAAGAUCAGCUAGAAAUAAUGGUUGUGGUUAUGAGAAGGCAAGCUUUGAUUGGGAAGGGCACUGGUCAAAGAUAUGGAGUUCAAACUAGUAGAGCUAUCAGAUGGAAACCGCCUGUGGGGGAGACUGUUAAAGUAAAUUGGGAUGCAGCAUGGAUGGCAGAUGAAUAUAGAUGUGGGAUAGGGGUUGUAAUUAGGGACAAAUGGGGAGAAGUACUGGCCUCACUGUGUUGUCCAAGACAAAAAUGUUGCUGA